CUUCCGGUUCCGUCACUUCCGGCUUCGUCACACACUCGCUAUUCACCAUCCGCCAUUUGUUGCUGCUUCUGCCGCUGCCCUUGCUACCGCACCGACUUCGCCUGUGUGUUCGCUGAGCCUGUGCUGCUCACCAUGGCCACCGCCCCAUCUCCGCAAGUGCUCCAGAACGACGACAAAAACUACGAGGAAGCCGUCAACAGCCACAUCAAGCUGGAGGUCUAUGCCUCCUACUUGUACCUGUCCAUGGCUGUCUACUUCAACCAGGACGAUGUAGCCCUGAAGAACUUCUGCCACUACUUCCUGUGCCUGUCAGACGACAAGAUAAAGCAUGCCGAGAAGCUGGUGAGCCUGCAGAACCAGCGCGGUGGCUUCAUCUCCCUUGACGACGUUAAGAAGCCAGAGCGCCAAGGCUGGGAGAGCGGGCUCAAGGCCAUGGAGUGCGCCUUCAAUCUAGAAAAGACCAUCAACCAGAGCCUGCUGGAGCUGUACCAACUGGCCACCGAGAAGGGCGAUUCUCAGCUGUGCGACUCUCUGGGGAGCCACCUGCAUGAGCAAGUCAAGGCCAUCAAAGAGUUGGGCGACUACGUGAGCAACCUGCGUAAGAUACGUUCCCCAGAAGCUGGCCUGGCUGAGUACCUGUUCAACGAGCUCACCCUGAGCGGCCGUGUCAAAGAGACCUAAGCCCAGAAGGGCCCCACAGCCAUAGGGUGCCUUCCGGCGAGACCCGCAUGCUGCCCUUUGAGAAGGUUCUCUUCAGGUUUUUCUUUCAGUUUUACUCUUGUUAGCAAUAAAGUUAUCUGGUUUUCA